AUGUUAAGAAGGAAGCAAAAGCGCCAGAUAGGACAGCCUAAAUUCGAGGAGACUUCCUCUAAAAUAAGUAAAAAGGACUCGGCUUCUGAGAACUCAGAUGGCGAAGAUGAAAGGACGUUAGAGAGACUGGUGUUUGGUGGUGAAAAUGACGCUAUCAGGGAACUUGAGAAAGACUUCACUGAAGAUCAGGAUAGGUUUUAUAGUUCAAGCUACCAUCCAGUGUAUAGAAUUCCACCCCAGUGCCAAGGUUCUUCUCACUGCAGGCUUCAACAAAACAUUAGAUCUCUUCCAGGCAGAGAGGAAAGAUACUUUGAUAAGUUUCAUGUUUCACCUGAUGGGAAACACCUUGUGUUUGUUGGCACCAAUGGCUACCUUAUUCUUCUCUCAAGCAAGACAAAACAAUGGAUUGGAAACUUGAAGAUGAACAGUUCUGUUUCUGCAGUAACAUUCAAUGCGGAUGGAUCUCGCAUGUUUACAGCAGGAGGUGAUGGAGAGGUGUAUGUUUGGGACAUGAACACUCGACGCUGCGUGCACAAGUUCAGGGAUGAAGGGUGUUUAAAGUCAACCACACUGUCAGCGUCCAGAGAUGGACAGUACAUAGCUUGUGGGUCUGAUAGUGGCGUAGUAAAUGUCUAUGACAAUCAGUGUUUACAUCAAACCCAGCCAAAGCCACUAAAGGCCAUAAUGAAUUUAACAACGAGUGUUCACAAGACUCUUUUUAAUUCGACGAGCGAAAUAUUGGCAAUAUCUUCAAGAGCCAGAAAGGAUCUGUUUAAAAUGCUCCAUCUACCGUCGCUUACUGUGUUCUCCAACUGGCCCACGUCACGCACUCCACUCCGAUACGUUAACGCCUUCGACUUCUCUCCAAACAGUGGCUAUCUUUCCAUUGGUAACGAC